AAGAUAAAUCACAGAAAUAUUUGUCCCUAAAAUGGUCAAAUAUGACCCACUCUGCUUCAGCCAUUAGCUUUUAUUAGCGCCUAGUCUCUCUAUCUAUCCACAUUCAAUAAUCACAUUUCAGAUUUAAUAAUUCACACGGAGCUAAGAUCGGAUCACACCGUUGAAUUUUGAGCCUCUCAUUUUCAGAUCUCUGUUUUUCUUGAUCCAAAAAUUUUCGAAGGUGAGAAAUGGCGCAGAUUUUGCUGCACGGUACUUUACAUGUAACAAUCUAUGAGGUGGAUCAGCUUCAUGGCGAAGGUGGUGGCGGACCCCGCUUCUUUCGUAAGCUUGUGGAAAACAUCGAGGAGACAGUUGGUUUUGGCAAAGGCGUCAGUAAACUCUAUGCAACUGUUGACCUAGAGAAGGCCAGAGUUGGGAGGACUAGAAUACUUGAAAAUGAACAAAAUAGACCCAGGUGGAAUGAGUCUUUUCAUGUUUACUGUGCUCAUCAGGCUUCAAGUGUGAUAUUCACUGUCAAGGAUGAUAAUCCUAUUGGGGCAACCUUGAUUGGAAGAGCAUAUGUGCCAGUUGAAGAUCUCCUAGAUGGAGAAGAGAUCGAUAGGUGGGUUGAGAUAUUGGAUGGUGACAAAAACCCUAUUCAAAGUGGUUCUAAAAUCCGUGUGAAGCUGCAAUACUUCGAAGUCACCAAGGACCGUAACUGGGGACGUGGUAUUAAGAGUGCAAAAUAUCCUGGAGUACCUUAUACAUUCUAUUCACAAAGACAAGGAUGUAAGGUUUCUCUCUACCAAGAUGCUCAUAUUCCAGACAAAUUUGUUCCUAAGAUUCCUCUUGCCGGGGGCAAAUUUUACGAGCCUCAGAGGUGCUGGGAAGAUAUCUUUGAUGCAAUUACCAAUGCAAAACAUAUGAUCUACAUCACUGGCUGGUCUGUUUAUACUGAAAUCUCCUUGAUAAGAGACUCAAGGAGGCCAAAGCCAGGAGGAGAUAUCUCUCUUGGUGAGCUGCUUAAGAAGAAGGCAAGCGAAGGUGUUAGGGUUCUUAUGCUGGUGUGGGAUGACAGAACCUCUGUUGAUUUAUUGAAAAAGGAUGGACUUAUGGCCACUCAUGAUGAGGAAACUGAGAAUUUCUUCCAGAAUACUGAUGUGCAUUGUGUCCUGUGUCCCCGAAAUCCUGAUGAUGGUGGAAGUUUUGUUCAGGAUCUACAAAUCUCUACUAUGUUCACUCAUCACCAGAAGAUUGUGGUGGUGGACAGCCCAAUGCCUAAUGGUGAUUCUGAGAGAAGGAGAAUUGUUAGUUUUGUUGGGGGUAUUGACCUUUGUGAUGGGAGAUAUGACACCGCAUUCCAUUCCCUUUUCAGAACUCUGGACACAGCGCACCAUGAUGAUUUCCAUCAGCCUAACUUUCCUGGUGCUUCAAUCGAAAAAGGAGGUCCAAGAGAACCUUGGCAUGACAUCCACUCCAGACUUGAAGGACCUAUUGCUUGGGAUGUAUUGUUUAAUUUUGAGCAGAGAUGGAGGAAACAAGGUGGUAAAGAUCUGCUUGUUCAGCUGAGAGAACUAGAAGAUGUUAUUAUUCCCCCAUCUCCUGUUAUGUACGCUGAUGAUUUUGAUAUAUGGAACGUCCAGUUGUUUAGGUCAAUUGACGGUGGGGCUGCAUUUGGUUUCCCCGAGACACCCGAAGAUGCUUGCAGAGCUGGGCUUGUCAGUGGAAAGGAUAAUAUCAUUGACAGGAGUAUUCAGGAUUCUUAUAUCAAUGCGAUUCGAAGGGCAAAGGAUUUCAUAUAUAUUGAAAAUCAGUAUUUCCUUGGAAGUUCCUUUGGCUGGAGUCCUGACGGCGGUGUUAAGGUUGAGGAUAUUAAUGCAUUGCAUCUAAUUCCCAAGGAGCUUUCACUUAAGAUAGUCAGCAAGAUUGAGGCAGAGGAGAGGUUCACUGUUUAUGUUGUUCUACCAAUGUGGCCAGAGGGUAUCCCAGAGAGUGGAUCAGUUCAGGCUAUAUUAGACUGGCAGAAGAGGACCAUGGAAAUGAUGUAUAAAGAUAUUAUCCAGGCUCUUAAAGCCAAGGGCAUCACGGAGGAUCCUCGGAACUACUUGACAUUUUUCUGCCUCGCUAACCGCGAAGUGAAGAAAAGCGGUGAAUAUGAGCCUUCACAGAAACCAGAGGCUGAUUCAGAUUAUAUAAGAGCACAGGAGGCCCGACGCUUCAUGAUUUACGUUCAUUCAAAGAUGAUGAUUGUUGAUGAUGAGUACAUAAUAAUCGGGUCUGCCAACAUCAACCAGAGAUCAAUGGAUGGUGCCAGGGACUCAGAAAUAGCCAUGGGAGCCUUCCAACCACAUCAUUUGUCAACCAGGCAGCCCGCACGUGGUCAGAUCCAUGGAUUCCGCAUGGCACUAUGGUAUGAACACCUCGGCAUGCUAGACGAUUCGUUCCUUACUCCAGAAAAUGAGGAAUGUGUGACGAAGGUGAACCAGAUGGCCGACAAAUAUUGGGAUCUUUAUUCAAGUGAGUCGCUUGAACAUGACCUACCUGGUCAUUUGCUCAGGUAUCCAAUUGGAGUUACUAGUGAAGGAGAAGUUACGGAGCUUCCUGGAACUGAGUUUUUCCCCGACACUAAGGCUCGUGUUCUAGGUACCAAAUCUGAUUACCUUCCUCCUAUCCUGACAACUUAAUGGAACUCUUAUCCGGUUUGCAAAUAAUUAUCUCACCUACCGUCUCGCUAAUAUUCCUACUUAUAGCUGGAAAAUAAAGAAUGUUAUGGUGUAUCUAUCGGUAUUUUUUGUGCUAGGAUGACUGUAUCAGGAUUUACAGAUGUGUCAAUGCUUUCGCGUGUCGUGAUGCUCUAUUUUGAACGUUAUGGCUUGUUUAUCUGAUUCGUAAAAUGUUUCACAUUGGAGAAAAAUUCAGUUUACGUAAUUAAGGUUUGAUUGGUUCAUAA